AUGGGCUCAGCUUUGUAUGUCUUCAUGUUUGUGCGCUUUCUCCUUUUCCUCUCAUCUUUUUAUCUAAUGGUUACUAACUCUUCCUCAUCCAUGCAUCGACCACUUUGCCAUGAUAGUGAGGGCUCUGCCUUACUUCAGUUCAAGCAAAGCUUUUUGAUUGAUGAGCAUGCCUCUGGUAAUCCUUCUGCUUAUCCAAAAGUUGCAAUGUGGAAAUCCCAUGGAGAAGGAGAAAGAGAAGGAAGCGAUUGCUGCUCUUGGGAUGGUGUUGAGUGUGAUAGGGAGACUGGUCAUGUGAUCGGCCUUCACCUUGCCAGCAGUUGUCUCUAUGGUUCUAUCAACUCCAGCAGCACCCUCUUCAGUCUUGUUCAUCUCCAGAGGCUUGACCUCUCUGAUAAUGAUUUCAAUUACUCUGAGAUCCCAUUUGGUGUUGGUCAGCUUUCAAGGCUUAGGAGUCUCGAUCUUUCUUUUUCUGGAUUCUCUGGCCAAAUCCCAUCGGAACUCUUAGCACUGUCCAAAUUGGUUUUCCUUGAUCUCUCGGCAAACCCAAAGUUGCAGCUCCAAAAGCCUGGCUUGAGAAAUCUGGUUCAGAACUUAACUCACUUAAAGAAGCUUCAUCUAAGUCAGUUACCAAGCCUACAGUAUCUUACUGUGAGGGACAAUCUGGAUCUGAUUAGUUAUUUGCCGGAAUUUCAGGAAACCAGCCCCUUAAAAAUGUUGGAUCUUGCUGGUACAAGUUUUUCUGAUAAUCAAUUGAGUGGUCAGAUCCCAAGUUCAUUAUUUGAACUGGUUAAUCUUCAAGGUCUUUAUCUACUUUCCAAUUACUUGAAUGGAACUGUGGAACUCCAACUGUUAUCUAAGCUCAAAAAUCUCAUUUAUCUCCAAUUAUCAGACAACAGGUUAUCAUUUCUUAGUUACACCAGAACCAAUGCUACUCUCCCUAAAUUCAAGCAUUUAGGAUUGGGUUCAUGCAAUUUAACUGAGUUUCCUGAUUUCCUGCAGAACCAACAUGAAUUGGAGAUUAUCACCCUUUCUGAAAACAAAAUUCAUGGUCCAAUUCCCAAGUGGGUGUGGAACAUAAGCAAAGAAACCCUAGUGACUCUAGAACUUUCUGAAAACUUUUUAACAGGCUUUGACCAACGUCCAUUUGUGCUUCCAUGGUCCAAGUUACACACUUUACGGCUUGAUUCUAACAUGCUGCAAGGUCCACUUCCAGUUCCACCACCAUCAACCGUUGAAUAUUUAGUCUCUGGAAAUAAACUGACAGGAGAAAUUUCGCCACUUAUUUGCAACAUGACUUCUCUUGAGUUACUUGAUUUGUCUAGUAACAAUUUGAGUGGUAGGAUUCCUCAAUGUCUAGCCAACUUCAGCAGAUCUCUGUUUGUAUUGGACCUGGGAAGCAACAGCCUUGAUGGCCCCAUUCCUGAAAUAUGCACGGUGUCUCAUAAUUUGAAUGUGAUUGAUUUAGGUGACAAUCAAUUCCAAGGCCAAAUACCGAGAUCAUUGGUCAAUUGCACGAUGCUUGAGCACCUUGUUCUCGGAAACAAUAAAAUCAAUGAUAUUUUCCCUUUCUGGUUAGGAGCUCUUCCACAACUACAGGUUCUUAUUUUGAGAUCCAACAGAUUCCAUGGUGCAAUAGGAAGCUGGCACACUAAUUUCAGGUUUCCCAAGUUGCGCAUCAUCGACCUCUCUGACAAUGAGUUUAUAGGUGAUUUGCCAUCAGAGUAUUUCCAAAAUUGGGAUGCCAUGAAGCUUACAGAUAUUGCAAGCGGCCUUAGGUACAUGCAGAUAAGCCCAAUGAUUGACUUGAAAAAUAAUGUGAUGAUUACUGGUUACAUGUACUCAAUGACAAUGACAAACAAAGGCAUGCAGAGGUUUUAUGAGAGGAUCCUUGAUACUUUCAUGGCAAUUGAUUUCUCAGGCAACAAUUUCAAAGGACAGAUUCCAACCUCCAUUGGAAGCCUCAAGGGGAUUCAUUUGCUCAACCUUGGAGGCAAUGAUCUUACUGGCCAUAUCCCAUCCUCCCUGGGGAACCUAACACAGCUGGAGUCAUUGGAUCUUUCCCAGAACAAGCUCUCAGGAGAGAUCCCUUGGCAAUUAACAAGGCUAACAUUCCUUGAGUUCUUCAAUGUGUCUCAUAAUCAUCUUACUGGGCAUAUACCACAAGGAAAACAAUUUGCAACAUUUGAAAAUGCUUCAUUUGAUGGGAACCUGGGAUUGUGUGGAAGUCCUUUGUCAAGGGAAUGUGGAAGUUCCGAGGCAUUACCACCAACAUCUUCAUCCUCCAAACAAGGUUCAACUACUAAAUUUGAUUGGAAAAUUGUAUUAAUGGGAUAUGGAAGUGGGCUACUAAUCGGAGUUUCAAUUGGGUAUUGCUUGACCUCAUGGAAACAUGAGUGGUUCGUGAAAACCAUUGGAAAGCGGCAAAGAAAAUGGACAAGGAAAGAAGGAAGGGGGCAGAGAGGCUAA